AUGUUAAAGUUCGUAUCGCUGCCGCAUUCUUUUUUCUGUUGUUUGAUAUCUAUCUAUCUAUCUAUCUAUCUAUCUAUCUAUCUAUCUAUCUACGCCUGUUCAUAUCUAUCUAUCUAUCUAUCUAUCUAUCUAUCUAUCUAUCUAUCUAUCUAUGUUCGUUAUCUAACUAUCGAUCUAUUUAUGCCUGUUAAUUAUCUAUCUAUCUAUCUAUCUAUCUAUUCCAGUCUGUCUAUCUAUCUAUCUAUUUAUCUAUCUAUGUCUAUUCCAGUUUUCGUUCGUCUAUGUAUUUAUCUAUUUAUUUCACUCUGUUCAUAUCUAUCUCAGCCUGUUCGUAUCUAUCUAUCUAUCUAUCUAUUUAUCUGUUCAUAUCAUAGUUCAUUCAUAUGUAUUUAUCAUUCUAUCUAUCUAUCUAUCUAUCUCUGUUCAUCAUCUAUCUAUCUAUCAUUUAUUCGCUUUAUCUAA